GGGAGGUGUCUUCUUGCUGCAGGGAAAUCAGACCCGAAAUUAGAACCGGGGAAGCCCUUAGCCAGCUCGUGUGUCUUAGAUCGGAUGAACUAUAACACGAAAAAGAUAGAUUCUCUUACAACUCGGCUCGUUUUAGGGUGCGGGGUUCCAUUGUCACUCGCAGGGCAUAUGUCAGAGAAGAGUGGGUUACCCGACCCCGGGCUGUCCUUCGGGCACGUGGCCACUGCCGAGGGGCGCGGCUUCAAAGCCGUCAGGUCCUAACUUCCAACAGGUGCCUUGUUCCUCCAGGUCCCGCACAGGCGCGUCCGGAGGGGGCCCCGGGCAGUCCGUGGGCGCCAGUCUUCUUUAAGCGACACUUGCGAACUAUGUGAAGACCCACUUUAAGAAGGUUCAUUCCUCUGUGAUGGAGAAGUAUGAAAAAAUUGGGAAAAUUGGUGAAGGAUCCUACGGCGUUGUUUUCAAAUGCAGAAGCAGGGACACCGGCCAGGUUGUGGCCAUCAAGAGGUUUCUGGAAUCAGAAGAUGACCCGGUCAUCAAGAAAAUCGCCCUUCGCGAAAUCCGCAUGCUCAAGCAACUCAAGCAUCCCAACCUUGUGAACCUGAUCGAAGUCUUCCGGCGGAAGCGGAGGCUGCACCUGGUGUUUGAGUACUGCGACCGCACGGUUCUGCACGAGUUGGACAGAUACCAACGAGGGGUACCAGAGCAUCUCGUGAAGAGCAUAACUUGGCAGACAUUGCAAGCUGUGAAUUUUUGCCAUAAACACAAUUGCAUACAUAGAGAUGUGAAGCCAGAAAAUAUCCUCAUCACAAAACAUUCAGUGAUUAAGCUGUGUGACUUUGGAUUUGCUCGACUUUUGACUGGACCAAGUGACUACUACACAGACUACGUGGCUACCAGGUGGUACCGCUCCCCCGAGCUGUUGGUGGGGGACAUGCAGUACGGCCCCCCAGUAGACGUUUGGGCAAUUGGCUGUGUCUUUGCUGAGCUGCUGUCAGGGGUGCCUCUGUGGCCAGGAAAAUCCGAUGUGGAUCAGCUCUAUCUGAUCAGGAAAACCUUGGGAGAUCUCAUCCCUAGGCACCAGCAAGUAUUUAGCACCAAUCAGUACUUCAGUGGGGUGAAAAUUCCAGACCCUGAAGAUAUGGAACCACUUGAAUUAAAAUUUCCAAACAUCUCUUAUCCUGCCCUGGGGCUCUUGAAGGGCUGUCUUCACAUGGAUCCUGCUGAGAGACUGACGUGCGAACAGCUGUUGCAGCACCCAUAUUUUGACAGCAUCAGAGAAAUAAGGGAUUUGGCAAAAUAUCAUGACAAACCAACAAGGAAGACCCUGAGACAGAACCCAAAGCACCUGCCUGGGGUAAAAAUGGGGCACUGCUUUACGAAAGCAUCCAAGUUGCAGAACCUACCUCAGUUGACUGGCAGCAGCAUCCUUCCAGCUCUGGAUAAUAAGAAGUACUACUAUAAUACCAAGAAACUUAACUACCGUUUUCCAAACAUUUAAGGAGCUUGGAGAUGGAUGACAAAAAAGAACUGAUCAAUAACCCCAAGAAAAUAAAACAUACAUUUGACUGAAGACCAUCACAAUGUUGAGAAAACAUAAGUAACUAACUGGAGGAAGCCACUUGGCAAGAUGUGAAGGGAAAUUCCAGAAGCAAUCUUCCAUGCUUGAUGAUGGUAUCCAGAACAGAAAGGAAAAACUCGUUUUGAUUUCCACUUGUGUUUUUGUUGUAUCUAAGUAGCUGGACUUAUGGACAGACAUAUAAAUAGUAUCGACUGCCCAUUCCUCUGGCAAAACUAGUCACAUAAAAAAGAUUUAUGCUUCAGUUGUACAAUAUGCAACAAGUGAAAAAUAGAUUACAAAACACCCAAAUGUAUUUCCUUGGAUCCUAU